AUGGACAAAAAGUUGGAGGGAUUACAUAUAGACGAACCUGAUCAAAGAGGAGACGAUGGUGACUCUAAUGAAGAAGAAGGAGAAUAUGAAGACUCUGGAGAAGGUGAUCAAUAUGAUGAUGACGACGAAGAAUUCGAGAUUGAAGAUAGUUCAAACUUUUCAAAAGAGACAUUGGAUGCUGCAAUCGCCACCAAAGUAUCAAUCGAGCAAUACUAUACAUCAUUGUUUAAAUCACUUAAAGAAAGAGAAGAAAGACGUUUAUAUUUAGAGAAAAAGAUGGAAGAAGCCAAUCUUAAAGAAGAACAAAAGUCAAUCAAGAGAAGAGAAUUGGACAAGAGAGAAACUGAAUAUAUAAAAUCUCGUAGAAUUAGAUUGACUGGACAUUCAUUUGAAUCGUUAAAGAUCAUAGGCAGAGGUGCAUUUGGAGAGGUUAGAUUGGUUAAAAUGAAAAAGAAUCAUAAACUAUUUGCGAUGAAGAAACUUGAUAAAUCAAAGAUGAUAGAAAAACAUCAAACUGUUCAUGUACGAAGUGAAAGAGAUAUUCUCGCAGAUAAUAAUAAUGUAGCUGGUAAUAAUCCAUGGAUUGUCAAUUUGUAUUAUUCUUUUCAAGAUGCAAACUAUCUUUAUUUAAUUAUGGAAUAUGUACCUGGCGGUGACAUGAUGACACAACUUAUUAAAUAUGAUACUUUUUCAGAGGAUGCUACUCGAUUUUAUAUUGCUGAGACUGUAUUGGCAUUGCAUUCCAUUCAUAAGAUGAAUUAUAUUCAUAGAGAUAUCAAACCAGAUAAUUUAUUAAUUGAUUCAAAAGGACAUGUUAAAGUUAGUGAUUUUGGACUUUGUACAGGUUUACAAACAAAUAGAGUACCAACAUUGGCAGAGAUUUAUAAAAAGUAUGAGGGUGAUCAUUUGGAGGAUAAUACAUCGCUUGGCAGAUCGGCCAGAUUCGAUUCGUGGAAGAAACAAAGAAGAGUAUUGGCAUACUCGAAUGUGGGAACACCAGACUACACUGCACCAGAGGUGCUUAUGCAAAACGGAUACAGUGCAGAGUGCGACUGGUGGAGUGUUGGUGUGAUUAUGUUUGAAAUGUUGGUUGGGUAUCCACCAUUUUGCUCAGAGACACAGAGAGAAACCUACCACAAGAUUAUGAAUUGGAAAUACACACUGCCAAAGAUCAUGGAAGAGGCCAAGGCUGAAGUGUCGUUGAGCCCCGAAGCCCAGGACCUCAUUGAGCGUCUCCUCACCGACUCUAACAACCGUAUCGGUGUUAAUGGUGCCGAAGAGAUCCAAGACCAUCCCUUCUUUAGAGGUGUCAACUGGAAGAAUCUCAGAGACACCCAACCACCUAUUGUACCAAUAAUCACAUCACCUACAGACACACAAAACUUUGACCACUAUGACGAGGAACCAGCUUCACACAUUACACCAGAACCAAUGCCUGUGUCUCGAUCAAGAAGAAAGAUCAAUUCUUUUGAUAUUCCAUUCAUUGGGUACACUUAUAGAAACUUUGAUGCCAUGAGCAGCCAAUUUGCCACUAUCACUGGUAAAAGUCCAUUUGCGACGCUCAACUCUAGAGAGGCAUUGAACCAACAAUAA